UCUCUCUCUCUCUCCCUACUUAAAAAUAGAGAGAACAGAAGUGUCUCUCGAUCGCCUGAAAAUCCUCUCCAUCGGAAAUCGAGGAGACCAUUCGAAUCUUUAAUUCGAAAAUCGCGCUCAGUGUCCAACAAAAAUAGAGGAGGACUAGAAUCGAACAACCUAGGGUUUGAUAGAAAAUGGUGAGAACAUGUUCUGGCGGUAGAAUCUGGGGUGACUGGGUCCCAAACAGCAUGUGAUUAAACAUUAAAGCAAAACUCUUUAAAUGUCGGCAAUGUUGUUGUGUUACUUCAGAUCUCGAGUCUCCCUCUCCUUUUCUUUUUUCCUCAACUCUCAAGUCUCUCUCAUUUGUCAAAGAGUGACUGGCCCCAUCAUUUAUUUAUUCAAGAUUUAACACAAAAGAAAAUAUUCUCUUUCAUAACUGGCAGUGUUUGAUGCUGUUCUUGUCUUUUGGUUGAUCUUUUACAUGAGUUGCUGUUCUGUUUGUUCUAAGUACUUCUCGUUCUUGGUUUUGGCCCCCAAUAAAGGAAACUAGUUCUGAGCUAAAGUUUCUGUAUACUUGCAGAACUGUUUUACUGAUUCUGCUAUGUGGGCUUUCAUUCUAUCUUGGUGGACUUUGUUGUGGGAAGGACAAACUCCAAGUUAAUGAUGUUGCAAAAACUGGAUCUUCCUUGGAUGUUGACAACUCUCCUCAAGCCAACUCUGUUUCUUUCCCGGAGUGUAGCAGUGACUACCAAGAUUACACUCCCUGCACUGAUCCAAGGAAAUGGAAGAAGUAUGGUACUCACAGGCUUACUUUCAUGGAACGUCAUUGUCCUCCUGUGUUUGAUAGAAAGCAAUGUCUGGUUCCUCCUCCUAAUGGGUAUAAGUCACCAAUAAGAUGGCCUAAGAGCAAAAACGAAUGUUGGUACAGGAAUGUGCCAUAUGAUUGGAUCAACAAGCAGAAAUCAAACCAGCAUUGGCUAAAGAAAGAGGGUGAAAAGUUCAUUUUCCCUGGUGGAGGUACAAUGUUUCCUAAUGGAGUUAGUGCUUAUGUGGAUUUGAUGCAAGAUUUGAUCCCUGAGAUGAAAGAUGGGACUAUAAGAACUGCCAUUGACACUGGUUGUGGGGUUGCAAGCUGGGGAGGAGACCUUUUGGACCGUGGUAUCCUCACAGUGUCACUAGCACCAAGAGACAACCAUGAAGCUCAAGUCCAGUUUGCUCUAGAACGUGGAAUCCCAGCUAUUCUUGGAAUCAUAUCAACUCAACGUCUCCCUUUCCCUUCAAACUCAUUCGAUAUGGCUCAUUGCUCAAGAUGUCUUAUUCCAUGGACUGAGUUUGGUGGGGUCUACCUUCUGGAGAUUCACCGUAUCUUGAGACCUGGUGGCUUCUGGGUCUUGUCUGGACCACCAGUCAACUACGAGAACCGUUGGAAAGGUUGGGACACAACCGUUGAAGAUCAGAGAUCAAACUACGAGAAGCUGCAAGAUUUGUUAUCCUCAAUGUGCUUCAAACUGUAUGCCAAGAAAGACGACAUCGCAGUGUGGCAGAAAUCUCCCGACAAUAUGUGUUACAACAAAUUGUCUAACGACCCUGACGCAUACCCGCCAAAAUGUGACGAUAGCCUUGAACCAGACUCUGCUUGGUACACGCCGUUACGCCCUUGUGUUGUGGUUCCAAGUCCUAAGCUUAAGAAGACAGAUUUGGAAUCUACUCCUAAAUGGCCAGAGAGGUUGCACUCAACUCCUGAAAGGGUAUCUGAUGUUCGUGGACGAAACGGUGGUGUGUUUAAAAGGGAUAGUAGCAAGUGGAAGACGAGGGCUAAGCAUUAUAAGAAACUGUUGCCAGCUAUUGGGUCUGAUAAGAUAAGGAAUGUGAUGGAUAUGAACACUGCUUAUGGUGGUUUAGCUGCUGCUUUGGUCGAUGAUCCUUUGUGGGUCAUGAACGUUGUCUCUUCUUACGCAGCUAAUACACUUCCUGUUGUGUUUGAUCGUGGAUUGAUUGGAACGUAUCAUGACUGGUGUGAAGCUUUUUCGACGUAUCCAAGAACUUAUGAUCUUCUUCAUGUUGAUGGUCUGUUUACAUCAGAGAGCCAAAGGUGUGAGAUGAAAUAUGUUAUGCUGGAAAUGGAUAGGAUCUUGCGUCCUAAUGGGUAUGCCAUUAUACGCGAAUCGAGCUAUUUUGCGGAUACUAUUGCAUCGGUUGCUAAAGGACUGAGAUGGAGUUGCCAUAAGGAACAAACAGAGUCUGAAUCAGAGAAUGAGAAGCUAUUGGUUUGCCAGAAGAAGCUGUGGUAUUCAUCUGAAACAAAAUAGUAAAAAGUGGGGACAAAUCCAAAGCUUAAGCUUAAAGCUUUUGUUUUGUCCGGAGGUUUCUUGAGAACUAAGUCACUACAACAACCAUUAGAUUAUUUGUCUUGCUUCGAAGCCAAGAAAGCUGCUUAAAGCUACCAAUUCAUUUUUAUUUUCCCGACAUAUUUAUUAGCUUUCAUAUUUUUCUUAUAGUAUAUAUGCUCGGUGAGAAAUAUUUUAUCGAUUUUGUUUACAUUGUAAGUUUUAUUUUUAUUUUAUAUGGACAAGGUCGAGAUUUCCUCAA